AUGGAUGUGGUCCUCAGUCUUCAUCUUUCGCAGUAUUGUCGCGAGAAUUUGUCGACUGAUCAUGCAACACCAGAGAGACCAAAGAAUAGGUACUGUAAUAGUUCCGCAGAAUGUGGUCAUCGACUAACCUAUUCACGAAUCAUGCAGAAAUUGAUUAACGAGGUCGCUAGAGAGCUCUACCAUUCUGAAUACUCGGGCCAGCUUUCUCGGUCCCGUACAACGCUAGGGGGUGUUAGAAAACAGUUUCCAAGACCCUACACGCUUGUUGCUGCACUGGAUUAA